AUGCCAAAGCCAUCGUCGAAGAGGAAGUCCAAGCAGCAGUCGGAUUCUGAUUCAGAUAGUGGUCCAGAUGACAGAAAUGUGAAGAAAUCGAAGAAUGAAGGGUCGUCCGUGGAUCGUGAUGACGAGGGAAAUCCUCGUUGGAUGUUGGAGAACAAACGUUUCAUCACUGUGCGUCCAUUCAAAGGGAAGGUGUACAUUGACAUCAGGGAAUUUUACGAAGCAAACGGAGAGCUUAAACCCGGCAAGAAAGGCAAGUUGAAUCCGCGAGUUCAAUAA